CUCCUCUCAACUCUGCUUCUUCUUCUUCCAACUGAUCAUCUCCUACCUUUUCUUUUCCAAUCCCUAAACCUACACACAGCUUUACGGUAGCUGCUAGUGCUAGUGCAUGGCCAUAUAUAUGCAUCUAUAAGUAGAUAGGUUGCACCCUCCAAGGGGUUCAUAUCAUCCAAGGUGCAUGCCAGGAGACAGGCCACAAUAAUGUCCCAGAGGAAAGGCGCCAUGGCGGCUGCAGUGACGGCCAGCAAGCAUCGCGAGGACCAGGAGGCGAUGAUGGUGGAGCUCAGGAGAGGCCCCUGGACGCUCGAGGAAGACAACCUCCUCAUGAACUACAUUGCUUGCCACGGCGAGGGCCGCUGGAAUCUCCUCGCCCGCUGCUCCGGGUUGAAGAGGACCGGCAAGAGCUGCCGGCUCAGGUGGCUCAACUACCUGAAGCCCGACAUCAAGCGCGGCAACCUGACGCCUGAGGAGCAGCUGCUCAUCCUCGAGCUCCACUCCAAGUGGGGGAACAGGUGGUCGAGGAUAGCGCAGCACCUGCCGGGGCGCACCGACAACGAGAUCAAGAACUACUGGCGGACGCGCGUGCAGAAGCAGGCGCGGCAGCUGCGGGUGGACGCCAACAGCGCCGUCUUCCGCGACGCCGUCCGCUGCUACUGGAUGCCGCGCCUGCUGGAGAAGAUGGCCGCGCACCACCACGGCGACGGCGAGCUGCCGCCGCCACUGCACCCCUCGCACAACAUCGCCGGCACGGCCUCCUCGCGCUCGCCGCCGGCCCACGGCAGCCAGCAGGAGGACCCGAGUAGUAGCGCGCCGGCGGCCAGCGGCCACUACCUGCAGCAGGUCGACCCGAGCCCGAGCACGUCGACGACGUCCGGGUCGACGACCUCGGCCGCGCUCCCGCCGGUGCCCUGCUUCUCCGAAUCCGAACUAAGGUGGGUCGUGGACCAGUACGGCGCCGCUUACGGUUACACCGACGACCUCGACCUCGACGGCGGCGCCGGCGUGGUCGACGACGACUCGGCUGCCGCCGCCGCGCUGGACAGCCUCGGGCUGGACGGGCUGGACCUGGGGCCGGCCGACGGCGGCGUGUACUCGGACGCGACGCUGCUGGACUACCUCAACGCCACGUGCGCCGGCGGCACCACCGUGAUGACAAUGAUGGGCGGCGUCCACGGCGCCGCGGGCGGUGGCGACGGCGACUACGGUCCGUCGCCGUGGCGGACGGACGAGCUCGGCCAGACGGCGAGGAAGCUCGGCGAUCCUCAGCAUCAAUGGAGAGGAGGUAUCUAGAAGCAAUCGAGAGAGCUAGGUGAGCUAGCUCGCUCGCUCGCUGCUAAAGCCUAGCUAGCUACAAGGAUGGUGGAUGAUGCUGAUGAUGGGCGCAGGUUGCUUCUUGCGACGUCUCACUCUCAGCUCCCCCUCCCUCUCUCCCAAGCGAUGAUCGAGAUGUCACGCCAGUUAUUAAUUGGGAUUAGCGGCGAUCCAAAGUCGAUCUUAUUAGGUGACGUUCCCAUCGAUCGAUCGAUCGAGACAUCUCUGCUGUUAAUUUGUUCGAUCGAUCGUGGUUUGUGUAGCGCAGAUGUAGUAGUUUGAUGGUUGCGUGCUGUCACUUUUAUUUAUUAGUGGCGCGUAUGAUCAAUUAUUCACGUACAUAUACAUAUUUGUUAUUCCUCCC